AUGAGCCUUAGUGGGCUGUACCGGAAGAGGCUUGGACCAAACCCUGUGACAAAGCAGAGCCCCACAGUCUCUGAAAAGUACAACUACAACUGGUUCUUUCUUGUAUGUCCCACUACAUUUUCUGUUUGAAAAUUACUGAAGUGUCUUCUGUUUGAUUUAGUAACUCCAUCAAAACCCUUUUAUCUAGGCCACACUAUAUCUGGUGACCUUGAAUAUGUGCCACAUGAUCUGGAAAGAGGAAUUCCCUUAUGUAUAGAGCCUGAAAAGUGUGCAGAUCAAAGUGUGAUUUGGAAGUUACCAGAUAUGCAGCUGGCAGCAGGCCUGAAAUAUGCAGGAGUUAUUAUGCAGAAUGCAGAUGAUUCUCAAGGAAGAGAUGUAUUUAAUACAAACCCGGUUGCAUAUCUUGCUCAAGAGACAAUGUCUAAUAACCCUCAGCAAGUAGUAGAAGGCUACUGUUCAGGUAUGACUAUUACCUUUAAUGGGUUGACUCCUGGAAAGAUGAUAGUAAUGACAUAUGGUGUGUACUGGCUCAUGCCAUCUGUACAUUAUUUUAAAGACACACUGGUUUUCUUGCCUCCAAAUGGUUCAGAAAAUGACUGA